AAAUUUAUGGGCAUGGGAGGGAAACUGAAUAUCCUUCCAAAAGGAUAAUGGCAGGGUUAUUCAAAAUACAGGUUAUCUGCUAAGAAAACUAAAAUAGUUCUUUUUGUAGAUGGCUUAAAGUAUACAAUAAAACUGUCUGCUAUAAAAAGAAAACAUACAUUAUAUUGAUGUUUAUGAGAUAAAACAACUCUGUGCAGUGGUAAUUGGAGAGCAUUAGAACUUGGAGGGCUGAGGAAAGAAAGUCCCAGCAAUAGACUAAAACAGCUAUUCUAGUUUGUACCUAUCUUUUUCAUUCUAAUGGGCGUUGAGCUUAUUGAAUAUCACAGUAUGAAUUAGACUUCAUAAUUAAGAUAUCAAAAAGAGCUGUAAUUACAAAUUAUAUCAAGGAAUAAAGAAUUUUCCUUUCUAUAAUUUAUUUACCCAAGGAAUUAAUUGAUUGAUCACAAUUUCUGAUUAGUUUUUCACAAAAAAACAGAAUAGCUCAAUUUGAUCAGCCUGUCAACAAAAUUAAAGUCCUAUAACUUUGUUACUGGUACUGGAUAGUAUAUACUUGUAAGAACAGAAAUAUUUAUGUAGCACUAGUUUAAUAUUGUGAUAAGGAUAGAGAAGUAUGCAAAUGAUAGAGACCGAAGAUCUGCUAGAGAGUUUUUACUUAAAUAUUUCAUAUUUAUACAAUAUAGUCUUUGUUUUUUGAGUGGGAAGAUAUACAAAAUAGUUCAGGAGUGUUCUGUUCUACCAUCUAAGCUGUACUGGAGCUCUUCUGGACUGUGCUGUUCUAGAGGCAGUUACUAGUUUCUAAAUGUAAAUCCCUAAAUUGAAAAUAAUCUGAAGCAUGGUAUUCCAAAAUCCAGUUUCAACUUUUUUUCCCCUGGAAACUAUCUCCAGAACAGCACAAUUUAGAGGGGGAACAGAAGGUUUGUGAGUUAUCCAGAAUUUUCUCUUCCUGAACCAAUGAGUAUUACGCUUCCUUAUUUUUUGAGUAUCCAUUAAUUUAUAGAUUAUUGAUAUUUACAGCAUCCAUAUAGAAAAUGGAAUGCAACAAUGGUAUCUUAUUGCACUUCUUUUCUAGAGUUUCUGAUGUAUAUGAUACAUUUCCAUGUCUUUUUUCUGCAUCAGAAAUCUGGAUAGAACGGCAAUUUCUCAUCAUUGCUAUUGGAUUCAUGAUGGAUACCAAGGAAGAUUGAGUUUGUCCUGAUUCAGUAUAUGAAUUGCUUUUUUUGAAAAGCAGAGUUUCUUAAAGGAAUAAAAUCUCAUGUAGUAUAACUGAAAUGGUCAGUUAUACUGACCAGUUAUAUAGCACUGAUCCCCUGUAUUGCUAAUGUAAUCUGUUAAGAAUCAUUCUGAAUGCAAUUUAUGUUAAACAAAAUCAACUAUACCUGAAGGCUUUCCCAGUACAGCAAUAAGUAGUAUGUUGAAUGAUGACAAUUUUACAUAGUUUCUUGCAUAUAGUUGGGAAGCAUUGCUAGUUACCAUUGGGAUAAAGUAAUAUAGGAUAAUAGAAUGUAGUGUAUAUCCUAUGCUUAUUAAAAACAUGCUUAUACCAAGAAAAAUGGAGAAUUCAAUAUCAGAUUCAAAUAUUAAGUCAUGGUUUAAAUAAACUUAUAGGGUCAAUUUAUACUGUUUCCUAGUUUUGUAACUCAUACAUUUCCUGAAGCAUAGUUUGUAAAGAUAUGCAGAGUGACUUUGCACAAUAUUCUAGGAUAAAAUAUGAUUGGCUACUUCAUGGUUUAAUAAAUUGUGUUUAUUACUGUGCUUAGUUUAUGGUUUAAAGUGUUGUGUGAACCAAGCAUUUUGAUUAAUUCAGUAAUCUUGGAUUAAUGCAGUGUUCAACUGUAGUUACAUCAAGAUGUGUCCAUGAACAUUUUGCUCUGUACAGUUAUAUUUUUUUUAAAAAUAGAGAAUUAUGAAUAUAUUAUUAACUGGAAAGAUUUGAAUAAUUAAUAACUGGAAAGACUUUAAUAAAGCAGUAUGUGUUAGUGGUGAACAUGUUGAAUGAAGUCUGGGGAGACCUAAGUUCAAAUUACUUUCAGCCAUGGUAGCUCACUGAGUGUUUUUGUGCCAGACCCUUUUCUGCCUAAACUCCCCAUGAUGUUAUGAGAAGUAUUAGAGAGGGAGUGUUAUAUAUAGUACCUUGAACACCUGAAGAAGAAGUCAGGUAUAAAUGUAAUAAAUAUCUAGACAACUACUUAAUAGAGUUUUAUCAUAUGGCAAAAUAUUUCUGCAAAAUAUUAAUAUAUAUAUGAAUGCUGUUGAUACUUUGACGGUGUCUUGGCCCUUGUGUUAUCAGCCACACUUAUAACAUUUGACUUCAGCAGUUGGAUAUUUUUUCCUGUAGUUUGUGUUCUCUAUAACAGUGAUGGCUAACCUUUUCCGAGUGCCCAAAGUGCAUGCCCAAACCCCCAAAAUGCAAUGUGUGGCCCCCACGCAUGUGCCCUUUCCCUUGCGCAUGCACAUACGGUCCCUGCAUGUGCGGCAGAGACUCGAAGACCAGUUGGCCAGCAGGAGGCAUGCACACAUGCAGGGCAGAGCUGCGCUGGGGCGACGGCUCGCGUGCCCAUAGAGAGAGCGUUGCAUGCAACCUCUGGUACAUAUAAUGUAAGGGUUGGGUUCAUCCUCCUGAUGAUGCACAAAUCUACAGUAAUACUACAACACUGCCUAAACUGCUAAUCUAGCCUCUAUUUAAACACCUCUGCUUAAACAAUCCACCACUUCAUGAGGCAAUCUGCUCCAUACUGAACAGUUCUUACCAUUUUUUUUAAUGUUCUAGUAAAACCUGCUAAAUCAAACUCAUUUUUGGGUUGUCCUGUUUUCUGGAACAGCUCUAAACAAUUCUGUCCGAUAGUAUUGCCUCUCAGGGAUUUGAUGACAUCUGCUUGUCUCUGCAGUGUUUUCUUCUUCAAGCUAAACAUACCAAAACCUCCACCUGUUCCUCAUAACUUUUUUUUUUGCUUUCUAGGCCUUUUAUCAUAUUGGUUGCUCCCAUGUUCUAGUUUGACCAAGACUCUUUUUAAAAUAUGUGCCUACAACUGGAUGUAGUAUUCUAGAAAUAGGAUGAUUAAUUCAGAAGUGAGAGGAACAAUGAUUUAUAUUGAUCCUGAUAUUGUACUUCUAUUAAUACAGCUUAGGAUUGCCUUUUCUUGUUUCAUUUUUUGGAGCUGCACAACAUUAUUGGGUCAUACUCAGCUUGUAAUCUACUAGAUCCUUUUGAUAUAUAUUGCUGCCUGUAUCAUGCGCACACUUCUAAUUUUUUCCUAUUUUAGUAUAAGACUCUAGAUUUGUUGCUGUGAAUUUCAUCUUGCUGCUCUUGCGACUUAUUUAAGUUUAUCAGGAUCUUCCUGAAUCUUUAACUUAUGUACUGAGAAGUUUACUGUUCCCCUUCCCCAUCUUCAUGUCAUGAGCAAAUUUGAUAAUCAUAGAUAGUAAUCCUUUAGUCAAAUUGCUUACAAAUACGUUGAACAACACAGGACUUAAAAUGAGUUCUGCAGUACAACUGUCAGAACUAGCUUCCAUCUUAGAAUGGCCUUAGUUGAACAGCACAGGACCUAACCGAGUUACACUGGCUUUAAUUUAACAAAAUACAAUCCUGUAGAAACAAUUUCAAGAUGUUAGAUGGAGUCUAAGAUGCCCACCACUAUGGUAGACAUGAUAGUGGGAAAAAUAGGAUUUAAUGGAAGUUUCUUUUACCAAUUGAUUUUGAGAUUUACUCUUCUGAGUAAAAAUGGUAAUACAUAAACAUAUCCUUAUUGUCAUAUCCUUAUGAUGUUCUGCCAGUAGAAUACUGUAAGAAGAACUGUAUUUCAUCCUAUUACUACUUCAUCAGUGUAGCAUUACACUGAUAAAGGGAUUGGUGUGAUUAGAUAUAUCCCCUUAUGGAGAGCCAAAAAAAAAAAUCAUGACAGAACUGCUAUGUUGCUAUGGUGUAGUUAAGAUUUCAAUUAACCCUGCCUUUAAUCCCAGUGUAUCUUUACUAGUAUAUAAACUCCAAACAAGAUUUCUAGCUGAAAUAUUAGGGUAUGCUCUUGUUUGUGUAUAUGAGAGAAGGCGGGAGGGAAACAGUGUGAUAAUGAGAGAACAUUUGCAACUGACCAAGGGGCUGUGUGGUGAUGAGAAAUACAGAAGAAGACUACUUUGCACAAUAGUUCAACCUGCCCAGAGGACACUGCUGACAUUUGUUAGAGAACUCCCAACAGCUACCUUACCCUAAGACAUGAACGUCUAUCAUCAACACUUACUCCUACAACUGGGAUAAAAGGACAAAGCAUCUUAAACAGCAUCAAAACCUGAACUCGAGAAUAAACAUACAGAGGUUUUCUUCAGUGAAAGAUUUCUACAUAUUAUUUGCUAGAUGUAGAGAGCUGGAUAUUUUCCAUUCUCAGUGCCAUGCAGUCUACAAGGAAAAGCCCACUCUUUGUGACAUGGAAGACAGGCCGAGACAAACGACUAAGGGGCUGCAUUGGAACUUUCUCUGCCAUGAAUCUUCACUCAGGACUCAGGGAAUACACAUUAACCAGUGCACUUAAGGACAGCAGAUUUCCACCCCUGACUCGUGAGGAGCUGCCUAAACUUUUCUGCUCUGUCUCCCUCCUCACUAAUUUUGAGGAUGCCACUGACUACUUGGACUGGGAGGUUGGAAUCCAUGGGAUCAGAAUUGAGUUCAUCAAUGAGAAAGGUGUUAAACGCACAGCUACAUAUUUACCUGAAGUUGCUAAGGAACAAGAUUGGGAUCAGAUUCAAACAAUAGACUCCCUGCUCAGGAAAGGUGGUUUUAAGGCUCCAAUUACCAAUGACUUUAGGAAAACUAUUAAACUCACCAGAUACCGCAGUGAGAAGGUGACAAUCAGUUAUGCAGAAUACAUGGCUUCACGACAGCAUUGUUUUCAAAAUGGCACUCUUCAUGCCCCACCCCUCUACAAUCAUUACUCCUGACACAAAGCUGCAUGACCAGUCCCGCCCCCCAGCUGCCAGCUACGACAUCAUUGGAGCAGAUGCCUCCUCUUCCUGGUCCAGUUACUUCUAUUACUGCACCAUUUUAUGAUGCUAGCUUCCGUUGCCAAGUCUGCCUUCCAGUUGAUUAUGGGUGGUGGGGGCUACCAAGUGAGUGCAACUGAAUUUCAGAGGCCCAAGCUUACUUCAUUUUUCAGAAUGAGGGUUCAUUUGGACUGAGUACCUGGGACCAUUGCCGUUGGAUAGAGAGAAACUUGAGGAAUGGCAGUACCACUUCAGAUUGCUCUGUCUCUGUGUUAAAUUGCACUGUGUUCAUUUGAAUUGUUAAUUACAAUGCCCCCUGAUCAAGUAGGAGAUUUCUUUUGGCAGUCUGGCAACGGAGUCCAACAAAAGAUUUUUAGGUUAUUUCUAUUUUCUUUUUUUUUUAAUCUCUUAAUAUUUAUCUGCCAUAAGCUAAGUAGUCCUAACAUGUCCCAAGCAAACGUGUUAGGACUUUUUCUAAGGAUGGUAUGUCUGGAAGUUCUCCUUGCAGAAGAUGGCAAUUAAUCAAAGAUUUAAAAGGUAAAAUAAAAUUUACUGCAGAUAAAAUGUAUUGCCUAUUCAUAUCCGGAAGGUUUUAAUUUAUAUACCUAGCUACUUUUAUUUUUGACACAAAAAGAAAGUAACUUACUAGAUAAGAUACUGCAUGCAAGAAGGCAAACCACUAUGGAUUGUGUAUGGAAGUAGCAUAGGUUUCCUUGUACCCAAAAGUAUAAUCUUUGAGGGGGGUUGGGUGUCUUACUUAAAGUUCAGGUAGUAGGAUUUGCAAAUGAAUUGCAGCAGAUCUUUUCCCACAAAGCUAUCCUUAUUGUAAUAAAAAGAGUGUGGAUUUUUGUUAUUGAAAAUAUUCCAUGAGACCUAUGUUUUUCAUAGGCAGUGGGGUUUUUUGCUAGUGUAACACUAAUAGGUAAUAAAACACAUUACGGUAAAUGUUAGCUGAAGUGGGUUAUCAGAUCUGCAUAUGUUCUUGCUGCACUGAUGCUUCAGUUCUAAAUAAUAUACAGUAAUUGGAAGUAAAACAAAAUAGUUUAAAUUAAUUGCUUCCAGUUAAUUGUACUUAGAAUUGAAACCUAAACAAUGUUAUUUACCCACCAAAAAAAUUAACUGGGAUCCAGGUUUUAAUAUCCUGUAGAUUUUCAACUUUUCUAUUGUUAAUUGAAUAUGCAGGACACUGAAUAGUAAACAGAAAAUUUUUCAAAAUAUUCACUAUCUCAAUUUUCCUUUGUGAGUCAUUGUUAUCAUAAGAACAACAAUAUCCCCAAAGUUAAUUCAUAAAAUGGUAGUAUUAAUCUUCUAAAUGAAAUGAAAUGCAGGGUUUCUGAAAAAAGUGAUAAUCAUCUUGAAAACCAGGAAAAUGAGUUCAGAUGAUGAACUCAGCAUAAUUGCAGUAUGAUAUCAUAUUGCACUAUAUGGAACAACAGUUGCUUUUGUAAAAAAAACAAACCAAAAAAUAUCUAGAAAUUCCAUUUGAAUACAGGAUAAAAAAAAUCUCCAUAUCUUUUGAACAAAUUAACCUUAUCAUGGAGAGACAGAAGAGUAAAUGCAAUCUCAAAGCAAAGCCUCUAAGGCCAAGCAGAAGCCCCAUUCUUAGAAAGAAGUAUAAGUAAAUAUGAAUUGCUUAUAUUGAGGUAAGCAUUAUUUGUCAACACUUAAACUGCUGUCUAGAAAAUGGCAAGUAUAUAGUACCUUCUUUGCAACAGGCCUACUUCAGAGAAUCCAGGAUUUGUUCAAACUGCAUUAUUUUUCUAGCACUUUUCAUGUAUUUCAGGAAGAAAAAUCAUAUAAUUUAUUUAAUACUUGUAGAAGGGAGAGGUAAAAGAAUACACACUAGCCAUGCACAAUAUUGUUAAAGCGUUUAGUUUUGCAUUGGGAUUAUUCAUUUGGAUUACUACUUUUCCCCUUCUGAUUAUGCUGAAAAGUAAAUAUAUAUGAAAGGAUUUUUCCACAUUUUCCUAUUACUAAGAGUAAAUUAGUCUUCUAAAAAAUUAAAGUGAAUUGUUACUACUCUUAUUGCUUCCCCCAACAGAAAAGAAACUGUAGAACAGGAAGGGAAAAUUAAGCUCCGGUCAUGCCAUCCAUCUCUGCUCUCAGACAGUAUUGAACUAUAGGGCUACACAAAUUACUAUUAGUGUUCUAUGUUAGAAUUUCAAUUGUAAAGAUUAUUUUUAAAAGCAAAAAGGAAAAAAAUGGUGCUAAACUUUCACCCCGAGCACAUUUGGUAAGACUGGUCAUGCAAGCAUAUAGUGCCGUAUCAAUAUUGCUUUUUUUAAAAAAGAAAAUGUUUGCCCUGUUACAUGUAAUCAGCAGUGUAUAGCAUUAAUUAUUUGAUUUUGUUUUAAUGAGUGUAGGGGAGUUUAGGAAUCAGAUGGGGGCCUUAAUAUUUUAAAGAACAGACUUUUAAGAGUGACAACUUAUUUGAUCUAAUUUUAUUAUUAUAAUGAAAUAAGUCAAAAUAGUUUUGGAGUGAGAGCUGGUCCCAUUCCAUGCCCCUGUUUCCAUCUAAUCCCCUAAUCCAUAGUAAUGGAAAUGCCUCUGUUAUAGUUGGAUUGUGAUUUUCUUUUAGUAGAUAAAACAGCAACAGGCAAUGGAGCACACAGAACAGUAAGAGAAAUGAUAUAAUUACACUGAUCACAAACAGAGUUCAGUCACAGUAUGGUAUGUCAAUGCUACAGAAUGAAUUGAUCAUGGAUCUAUAUAUAUUAUAUAUAGUUGUGAUGUACUGUGAUGAGCCCAACACAGAAAAGAUAUGGAAACCAACAAAAAAGCCAGAAGAGCGCUGUCUUUUCAAGAGUCCUAAAUGUUAUAUUUUCCAUCUGAUUAAAGAGUGAUGUUACUGUUACUGUACAGCGAAUUUAGCAAUAGUAUUCUGGUAUGAUUGGGAAAUGGCUCAUCCUUAGCUACAAGCAAGUGCCUUUUGGUCUAGAAGAAUUUAUUUUAAGUGGUUGAGAAUCUCCUUUGUUGCAGCCUAGGAACUCUUAAGGGAUUUUUUUUUUAGUUCCCAUCCCUUCCAAAUAACAGCAGAGGAUAUCAUUAAUCAUCAGAGGUUCACUGUUUUUAAUAUUUUUCAAGAGGUUUUCUUUUCUUAAUAAAUAGCAAUCUCAAUAGAGGCAUUUCAAUUCAAAAGAUGUUACAAUCAAGGUUACAUCGACCUGUUCUGAAUAUUAUUUUUAACUGCAUAUUUUAACCUUCCACAUUUCAAGUUUUGCACAUAACCCUUUUCCCUACUCAUUUUAACAUUGCAGUCUUCUCUGACUGAGUGCUGUUUUGUACCUUUUCCCCAAUUCUAAAAUGAAUAAUGCUUUGGUUAAUUUAAGUUGUUCCUUUUAAAGAACCUCUUUAAACCUUCAGUGAAGAGAUGUCAGACCAAUUCUUUGUUAUUACACUUGGUUGCCUCCUAGCUAUAUAACUUCUGAGUGUAAAUCAUUGAACUUUACCCUCUAAUGAAGUAUUGUAGAAAAUAAAUUGUAGUGGAUACAUU